AUGCCAGGAAAGGCGACAAAAGAGAAAUGUAUGCACUGUAAUAAGGCGGCGGCCAAGGAAUUGUUGGCAUGCAAGGUCUGUAGCCAAUGUUGCCAUUUCAAAUGUAUUGGCAUUACUGAUGCUUCAUACAAGGAGAUAAAUGCAAUCGAAGAAGAUAAUAAUGACAGAUGUAAGAGCUUUGAAAUUUUAUUGAAAGAUAUAGUGAAUGAGCAAGACAAAAAAAUAGAAAAUCUAGAGAAAAUUAUUAAUCAGCAUGACAGUAAAAAUAAUGAUAUAUUGGACACAUUAGUAAAUAACAUAGACACCAUAGUGGAUGGCAAUAAACAAAAAAUCCGGUUGCAGCAAAUCGGAAAUAUGACAAACUCAGAUACCUUCACUGAAACUAAAAAUACAGACCCAAAUGUCCUAUUAGCGAACAAAACACCAUCAUCUAAGGAAGUUGUUGAACAAAUUGUUCAGUCGGAAGACUUGAGUUCAGCUCAACAGUUGAAUGACAUAAGUGAACGUUUCGAAAAGAUAGCUAUUACAAAUUAUUAA